AUGGCGAGCACACACAACCUCCAAGCUUCGAAGCUAUUUUCUGUAAAGGACUAUGUCUGCGUGGUCACUGGGGGUGGCAGCGGUAUUGGUCUGAUGUCUGCACAGGCUCUGGCUGCUAAUGGUGCAAAGGUGUACAUCACAGGCCGACGGCAGGAAGUCCUCGACAGGGCCGUCAAGUCUCAUAGCCCACAGGGAGAUGGCCAGAUCAUCGCGCUGAGCCCGUGCGAUGUGACCAAGAAGGCUGAUCUCGAGAAGAUGUAUGAGGAGCUAUCGAAGAGGGAGAAGUACAUCAACCUUCUCGUCGCCGCAGCUGGUAUCAGCGGCGAAAAGGCCGAGCCAGAUGCGGAAAAGGCAACCGAUAUGAAGGCAAAGCUCUGGGAAAACGAGACUUUCGAAGGAUGGGCCGAGACCUACAACACCGACGUCAGCUCUGUAUACUUCACUACAGUCGUAUUGCUUCCGCUCCUCCAAGCAGGCCCCGAGAGCCACGGCCAUCUCUCAGCAUCUGUCAUUGUCAUCAGCUCCAUGUCCGGUAUCAUGCGCCACGCUCAAGGUCAUUUCAGCUACAACGCCGCAAAGGGCGGCACAGUGCACCUGACGAAGCUCAUGUCGGCGGAGUUUCAGCAACUGAGGGUCCGAGUCAACUCGAUCGCACCCGGUUACUUCCCCUCGGAGAUGACUGCAAAGGAGAGCGACGACAAGCAGAAGAGUCAGCUGCCGGACGAGAAGAUCCAGGAGAAGGGCCAUGUUCCCCAAGGACGCGCGGGCCAGGACGAGGAGAUGGCACAGGCUGUGCUCUUCCUCACGAAGAACGCCUAUGUCAACGGCGAGAUCAUUGCUGUGGAUGGCGGUGUUCUGAACGUGGUCGCCGGACGAUAA